CUCGUUAUGAAAAUCUUUUUAACGUCGUUAUUUGUCAACUGGGCUUAAACUGAAACGUCAAUGGAGUCAAAGUAAGUUUACAUGUUGAAAAAACUUUUCUCAAAAAAUUAAAAUUUAAAAAAAAAGUCAGAUGCACAAGCGGACUCGGCAGCGUGGCAGAAACUUUUCACCUUCCGAGGAAGUAAUGCUUUUGGAGCUUCUCAAACCGUUUAAGGAUGUUAUCGAUAAUAAGAAAUCCGAUGCUACCACCUGUCAGUUAAAAAAGAACGCCUGGCAGCAGUUGGCUUGUCAGUUUUCACUCCAAACUGGCAUGCCCCGCUCAUGGAGGACCCUUAAGGAUAAGUACAAGAAUAUGAAUAGCAAGUUAAGGAUCGAGGGAUCGUUUUCAAGCCCUAGGCAAUCCCAGGAAAUGCAGGAACCGGCAAGCAGUUGCGUUUCUGUUGUAUACGAUGACGAUGAUCUUGACCAGAAUGAGUUUUUAGAACAAGGCGAAAAUUUCCAAGGAAAAUUGAUUCAAGAGAAAUUAAUUCAGCAGGGGGAAUCCAUCCAGGAUGUUCCUGUGGAGUUAGAAACUUCAGAAGAAUUAUCCCCUGAACAAAUGAAAGAGGAUAAGGUAUCUGUUUCUAAACGGAAGCGCUCAUUUCAGUAUGAACAAAUUAAACUCAUCUUACUUCAACAACAAUUCCAAAAUGAUGAAAAUAUAAGGGCCGCUGAGAAACAUCACCUGGAGCUAAAAUCAAUUAGUCUAAGAAACGAACUCUUGGAAUUGGAAUUGGAGGAGAAACGUCGCCGUAUGGGAAUGUUAAGUUACGUUUAAUCAAACAGGAGAAAUUAAGCUGAUUAUACGUAUAAUAAUAAUACAGUACAUAAACGAAAA